GCUAGGCGACGCUUAAAGGAGCCCAGGCUUCCGGUGGGUAGGGGGACAACCAAGGCUUUGGUACUCUGAUGGCUAAGGUGAAGCGGUCUCUGACGCAACUAACUCCUAUAGGCUGCGGCGGAGGGAAGGGAAGCCCGGUGGUACAGUCCUCGACCUUCGCCUUGGCCCCCGAGAAAUUGCACUGGGAAAGAUAGGGUGGGAAAGCGCGGCCUCCGUGGCCGAAGCGACCAGCCUUCCAAGAUGGCGGCUCCCAUAGAGGCAAUCCCAAGGGGACAGCCAUGUUCCUUGCCUGACAGUCACUGAAGAAAAUUGGAAAGCCCGCCUCUCCUCCGACACUCUCGCACACUCACGCACCGAUGCCGUGUAAGUGCGCCGGGUGUAAUUGUGGGCCACUGGACCAGUGGCUGCUUCGAAGCUGACAGUGAGCAUGUGCAGAACAAGUCCAGAAACUCAAGGGUCCCUCAAAACAGUUUCAAGCCUUAAGAGUGCAGGAGGUUAACAGGCAGAUUAAAGGCCAGUUAAACAUCGAGAUGAGAUUAUUACAAGGGUGUGAUGACCGGAUUUCCUAUCAAUGAUGGUACUCUGUAGGGUGGACACAAUAUCUUUAUUUUAUUUUUAUGGUUGUUGAGGAUCAUACCCAGUGCCCCGCACAUGCCAGAGUUUAAGAAUGGACCCCCCACAUAUGUGAUCACCAGUAGACACUAAAGAGCAGUGAGGAAAAGAUGAUCUUCAUGGAAGAAAUGAAUCUUGACUCUAACACACAACACAUCAAAAUCCUUCCCAGAUGGACAGUAGGUUGAAAUAUGGAAGCUAAGACAAUAUAAUUUUUUGAAGAAAACAAACACUUUAUGACCCUAAGCUUUCUUGGAGCCUCUGCAGAGUCCCUGGACCAGAACAGUUAGUGGGGACUGCAGGAUCUUCCUUCUAACCAGGCUCGACUGUGCCGCCAGACCUGGGUGAGCCCACAGAUGCCAGCCCAGCUUCAAGCCCCUGGGAAGGGUCAAAUCAUCAGCAGGAGAGCCUAAGGGCCCAGGCCCAGCAUGAACAUGCCAGCCAAUGGAGAUUCUCUCCAGUCGUCCCUGGCCCUGGCUGCAGAGAAACAUGGCGGCUCACUUGAGGUAUCCAUAUCAUUUGAGGAUGUGACUGUGAACUUCAGCAGGGAGGAGUGGCAGCAUUUGGACCCUGUUCAGAGACGCCUGUACUGGGAUGUGACACUGGAGAACUACCAUCAUCUGAUCUCAGUGGGAUAUCAAGUUCCCAAAUUAGAAGCCAUCUACAAGUUGGAGCAAGGAGAGAGGCCAUGGACACUGGAGGGGGAAAUGUCAAAUAUCAGUAUGAGUGGUGAAGAUAUUAGGAAAACUCAACAACAGGAAAUUUCUGGAGAAGUUUCAUUCCACUGUGAGAGAUUUGAUCAACCCACAGGAGAAGAUUCACUGUGUUCCAUUUUGGAAGAACUGUGGCAAGAGAAUGAUCAACUAGAGAGAUAUCAGGAAAACCAGAUGAACCCUUUAAGUCUUGUCAAAAUAUUAAUUAAGGAGAGGGGCUACGAAUGUCAAAACCUUGAAAGAAUAAUUCACAUGACUACCAAGCUUGUUCCUUCAAUUAAAAGACUCCAUAAAUAUGACACAUUUGGAAAGAGUUUGAAGCAUACUUUAAACUUACAUAAUUAUAACCAAAGCACUGCAACAAAGAAUCUUGAGAGGAUAUUUGGAAAUGGUAACAAUUUCGCUGACAGUUCUUUCUCUACUAAGAAUGAGAAUACUAACACAAGAGCGAAUUCCCAUGGACAUAAUCAGUGUGAAGAACACGUCAAUCACAAACAAACUCUCAUUGAUCAUCAGAAAAUUCCUACUGGGGAGAAACUUCACGGAUGUAGUAAAUGUGUAAAGGGCUUCAGUCAGAAGUUGGAUCUCUUUGGACAUCAGAAAAUUCAUGCUGGAGAAAAAUUCCAUGGAUGCAACAAAAGUGAGAAAGUCUUCACUCAGAAGCCAAAAAUUGAUAGACAUCAGAGUAUUCAGAUAGGAGAGAAACCCUAUGUAUGUACUCAAUGUGGGAAGGCCUUUACCUUCAAGUCAAACCUCAUUACACACCAGAAAAUUCAUACUGGGCAGAAGCCCUAUAAAUGCAGUGAAUGUGGGAAAGCCUUUUUCCAGAAAUCAGAUCUCUUUAGACAUCUGCGAAUUCAUACAGGAGAAAAACCUUAUGAAUGUAGUGAGUGUGGAAAAGGCUUCUCCCAGAAUUCAGACCUCAGUAUACAUCAGAAAACUCAUACCGGAGAGAAACACUAUGAAUGCAGCGAAUGUGGAAAAGCCUUCACAAGAAAAUCUGCCCUCAGGAUGCAUCAGAGAAUUCACACAGGAGAGAAACCUUAUGUGUGUACUGAAUGUGGGAAGGCCUUCAUCCAGAAAUCACACUUCAAUACACAUCAGAGAAUUCACACUGGAGAGAAACCUUAUGAAUGCAGAGACUGUGGGAAAUCAUUCACUAAGAAGUCGCAGCUCCAUGUGCAUCAGCGAAUUCACACAGGAGAGAAACCCUACAUAUGUACAGAGUGUGGAAAGGUCUUCACUCAUAGGACAAAUCUCACCACACAUCAGAAGACUCACACUGGGGAGAAGCCCUAUAUGUGUGCUGAAUGUGGGAAGGCUUUUACUGAUCAGUCUAAUCUCAUCAAACACCAAAAAACUCAUACUGGAGAGAAACCCUAUAAAUGCAAUGGCUGUGGGAAAGCUUUCAUAUGGAAGUCACGCCUCAAAAUCCAUCAGAAAUCUCAUAUUGGAGAGAGACACUAUGUGUGCAAGGAAUGUGGGAAAGCCUUUAUCCAGAAAUCAACACUAAGAGUGCAUCAGAGAAUUCACACAGGGGAGAAACCCUAUGUUUGUCCUGAAUGUGGAAAGGCUUUCAUCCAGAAAUCACAUUUCAUUGCACACCAUAGAAUUCAUACUGGAGAAAAGCCUUAUGAAUGUGGUGACUGUGGAAAAUGCUUCACUAAGAAGUCACAGCUCCGGGUACAUCAGAAAAUUCACACAGGCGAGAAACCCAAUAUAUGUGCUGAAUGUGGAAAGGCCUUCACGGAUCGGUCAAAUCUCAUAACACACCAGAAAAUCCAUACAAGGGAGAAACCCUAUAAAUGCAGUGACUGUGGAAAAACCUUUACCUGGAAGUCACGCCUCAAUAUACAUCAGAAAUCCCAUACUGGAGAGAGACACUAUGAAUGCAGUAAAUGUGGGAAAGCAUUUAUCCAAAAAGCAACACUCAGCAUGCAUCAGAUAAUUCAUACAGGAAAGAAACCUUAUGCUUGUACAGAAUGUCAGAGAGCUUUCACUGACAGAUCGAAUCUUAUUAAACACCAGAAAACACACAGUGGAGAAAAACACUACAAAGCCAGUGACUGAAGGCUGUUUCAGAACUGGAAAUCACAGCACAUCCAUCAGAUAGGUCCUAGUGGUAAAGAGGAAUGCCUGAUGCUGCAAUCACUGUGCAGGGGGAAGUAGAAAUGAGAGGCAGUGACCUGAGGGAGCAGAAGCCAGGCAAAGCCAAAUAGCCUUCACUCAACUAGAAAUAAAAGUUCCAGCAUCACCACAACUGACAGACUCUUAAAUGCACAGGAAGACCAUUUAGAUGGAAUAUCUGAGCAACAGUUAUGUUUGGUUACAUGAUUGAUACUGAGGCUGUCAACUCCUGAAAAUGGUAGAAAUAAAGACACGAGAUGACUCAUCAUCUCUUAUGUUCCAUUUUUGGGAUGAAGGACUUAUACAUUUCAGCACUCAUUAGUUCUUUGUAUCCUGGGACAUAAAAGUACUCAGUAUUGGCCCAAAUUGUUUCACAUUUCUAGCGUGAGGAGAAGUUUUCCAUUGUCCAGUUGAAGGGCCCUGAAGUUAAGGCUAAAAAUUUAUUGAAAAUGCAGAUCUGUCAGUAGAACCAGAAGAGUUUGUAAUCCUUGAUAAUUGAGGCACAGAAAAGAUUCCCAUGAAGAACUACUCUUUCUAAAUGAAAGAGAAUUUUUAAACUUAAAUUUUGACCUUAAGAACUGGAAAAUUAGCUGAGUGUGCUGGUGCACACCUAUAAUCCCAGCAGCUUGGGAGGCUGAGACAGGAGGAUUGCGAGUUCAAAGCCAGCCUCAGCAAAAGCGAGGUGCUAAGCAACUCAGUGAGACCCUGUCUCUAAAUAAAAUACAAAAUAAGGCUGGGGAUGGGGCUCAGUGAUGGAGUGCCCCUGAGUUCAAUCCCCAGUACCCACCCCAAAGAAUUGGAAAAUUAGGCACAGCUUUAUCCUGUGUUACAAGAAUAUAGUCAUUAAAGGUUAUAGACAUCUAAAGAUGGCAAUUGUUCCCUUAUUAAUUCUCUCCUCUGGCCACAGGUGAAUCAUACCCUACAUGCUUUCUAACCCGUUCCCCCAAAGCUAUCAUCUAUAUAAGCUACAGAACAAAGACUCCUUAUCCUCUUAUUACCCAAUUGACCCCAAGACAAUGAGACUGAGCCACAGCACUAUGGAUUUUCAGCCUCAUCCAUGGAUGUCCCUGCCUGCCUUAGAAUUCCUUUUUGAAAAAGAAUUGUUGAGAAACUGGAUUUCAAUACACAAAAUUGUAUUUUCCUUCCAAUUUGGUUAAUAUAUAUUCAUUUCCUACAUGCACAUUAAGGGUGGUUUUGUGUAAAUUACUGUGUGAUAAAGUCAUAUUGCAUUGCAAUUGGUUGUUCCAAGAUAUAGUUUUUUAUUGUUGAAUAACUGGGAGAUUUCUCUAGAAAGAACACCGCUUUUUCUUUUUCUUUUUAAACUGGGGAUUGAAGACUGAACUCAGGUGCUUAACCACUGAGCCACAUCCCCAGCCUUUUAAAAAAAAAUGUAUUCUGAGACAGGGCCGUGCUAUAUUGCUGAGGCUGGCUUUGAAUUCGCAAUUCUCCUGCCUCAGCCUCCCAAGCUGCUGGGAUUACAGGUGUGUGCCACUGUGCCGAGCAAAUGCUGCUUUUUUAAAAGCACUGAUAUAUAGAUACUUUCCCACUUUCUCUUAAACAUUUUUCACAAUACUCAUAAGAAAAAAGGCUUUCUUCCUAGCAUAUUAUUUAUUUUUAAAAUAUUUUUAUUAAAGCAUAAUGCAUACAGAAAAUGCACUUAUAUGUAAGUGUACAGCUUAAUGAAUUCUGACAAAUGGAAUAUACUCAGAUCAAGAAACAACAUGACCAGCACUCUAGAAGCUCUCUUGUGUACUUCCUCCCAGGACCUCCACACAUACAAACACUAUCCUGACUUUAACAGCAUGGAUUCAUUUCACCUGCUUUGUAUUUUAUAUAAAUUGAUAUUUCAUAUGAGUUAUAGACUCUUUAGUGUCUUUCUUUUAUCAUUAACAUUAUGAAUGUGAGAUUUAUCCAUAUUGUUGCAUAUACUUGUAAAUAACUCAUUGUCAUGUUGUGUUCUAUUGUGUGAAUAUGCUUCAAUAUAUUUAUCCAUUCUA